AUGCUUGUUCAGGCGUCGCAUGCGCGACCGGCCGGAACAAUGCUUGAAACUGAAUAUGCUCGCCGGCGAGCCCCUCCCAUGGAUCCGGCGAUGAGCGCCAUUGCCUAUUCCCAUUCCAGGACCCGCACAACCUCGUCGAACAUCUUUCCCGCCCACUUUCAAUCGCCGGCCGCCCCUCCAAACAAUUACUACCCGCAAACACAUCUGGCUCAACCUCAUGUGCAGCAUCAGCGCCGGUCUCCCAGUGUAAAUACGUUCAGCACCAUUUCCAGCGGCGGUGCCCCUUACAGAAACUCCCCUUCCAUGGACAUCAGGAGAUCGACCUCGAGCCGUUCCGGCGGGGCACCCGGUUCUCCCCAGCAGCCAGGAGGCUAUGUGGCCCUCCUUCGAAAGCAAAAGGCUACGGUAUGGUGCGACCGCGCUCAGCAGGAAGAUGCUAGGCUUCUCGCCCAGCAACGCAUGGCCAAGGUGCGGGCUAACUCCGAGGUGGUCGGAGCCAACAACAGCCCUUCGCUCGGACCCGUGAGUGCCGGUCGGACCUCGACCGGGCUCAGCUCUGCCGGCGGAAAGGUUGCGGCAAAGAUCAGACACCACGGAAAACCCACCGUUAUUGGAUACUCCCCAGGAAGCAACUUCAACGUCGUCGGCGGUGUUCCUUUACGUCUUAGUGCUACGGAGGUGGAGGGCGAGGAAAGCGAAGAUGAAGCCACCAUUCAGAGAUCCAAUCACCGCCGGCAAGGUAGUUCCAGCAGGAGCAGCACGACCAGCAGCAGGAAAACAGCACCACCGUAUCGCUCGUCCGGAGGCCUCGGUCAGGUUACACAAGGUGGAGGAACUCGGUGGAGCCCGCACGGAACUCCCGAACGGUCAGGAUCACUGGUGGAAGACACGCAGGGCGAGCAACAAUUCGCCAGCGAGGAGGCUUAUGGGAAAGCAAAGAGCUUCGCCAGCGGUAGCAGCGGCGAGCGACUGGACACUGUGCCUGACCUCCAGGCAAACAGUGCACAGGUGGCCAACAACAGUGCGAGAAAUGCCUCGUUGACCCGCGAAAAGAGUUUGAGAACACCAGACGAGCUCAAGAGACGAGGAAGUGUGGACGAGAGAACAAUGACUCUCACGACUGGCCGCUUGUAUAUUGCCAACCCCGAUUGA